CAUGAACUCUUCUACAAUUCAUAAUGGAUCAGAUACAUACUACUCAAAACUGGAGGAGAGAAUUGCACUUCUUAUCUACAGUUAUAUUGCUCCAAUAACAUUAGCCUGCUUAGCUAUCAUUGCAAUUGGUGGUAACAGUUUAGUAAUUUGUGUCAUUCUCUCGCAAUCUGCACUUCGGACCUUAAUAAACUUUCUAUUGUUAAAUCUAGCCUUGGCUGAUCUACUCUUUGCACUAACAGUAAUACCUGGGAAAAUUAUAAAAUAUUUAACGGUUUUAGAUAACAGUUUGCAAAUGGGUAACGCUGUUUGUAAAAUCUAUACUUAUCUUACAUAUACAAUAACAGAUAUUACAAUAACAUUGUUAAUAGCUAUAUCUUUUCUACGAUUGGCUAUAGUCGUCUAUACGACUCAGACAGCAAAAUACAGAAGCUUUAAAAAUAUCUCUAAAUUGACGGCCUGCAUUUGGGUACUAAUUUCGGCUUUACAUACUCCACUGGUAGCAGUUGCUACCGUUAAAAGCAAAGGGAACAAGUAUGCUGGAAUAGUAUAUUGUGGAAUCGACGAUGAAUAUAUCAAUUCAGUGUUACUAAGCUUGAGCAUAGGUGGUUACUUCGUACCUGCUUUUUUAAUUACAGUAGUAUAUGCUCUGAUAGCCUACCACUUAAAAAAUGAAACAAAUGAUAAUACUAUAGACGCUGCAAAAGAGAGGACAAGAAGAGCUUUGAAGAUGAUGGUCGUGGUUGUUUUGGUGUUUUUAUUAUCUUGGUUGCCGACGCAUUUAAACACAAUAUUAUCUAUGAAGCAAAUAUAUUUAAAAAGCGUAUGGUUCGAACUGCUACGAUUACUCUGCGAUAUAUUGGCUUAUGGAAACUCAUGCGUUAAUCCGUUCAUCUACAAUUUUAUGUCAUCUGAGUUUAAAACAGCUUUUCGUAAUGUUGUCUGCUGUCGUUGCAGAAAUAAUAAUAACAGUAGGCCUUCAACAAGAACAGAAAAUAUCCAAAUGAGUCCCAUAAACAAUGAAAGAUUCUUAGACGAUAUGGAAAAAGAAUGCCUUAACUUAGCAGAAACUGCAGUUGUUUAG